AUGUCCGCAGACACAACCCCCAUAUCCCCCGCGCGCUUCGCCUCCGCCAUCAAAGACCUCUCCCUCGGCAUGCUCCACCUCAAGGUCCUCGAAAUCCGCAACUCCAUCGCCCACCUCCAAUACUCAAACGACCAGCUCAAGCCCUUUGCCGACGGCACCUCCGCCGCGCUGGGCGAGCCCGCCGCCCCCGACCAGGACUGCAUCGACGCCAUCAAGGAGAACGAGGUCGUCAUCGACCGCAUGGCCGAGCGCCUGGCCAUCGUCCGCGCAGAGGUCGAGGACCGCGGCGUCAGCUGGACCGAGUUCCAGAGCCAGGACGAGGUCGAGGCGGGCGAGGCCCUGACCAAUGGAGACGUUGCGAACGACAACCAGCCGGCAGAGACGACGAGGCACUCGGCGUGGACGGACGGCACGUUCCAGACGGGCACGAUAGCCAACGGCCAGGUGCGGUUCGAUAGCCAGCCGGAAGGGCAGACCACAUCGGCGCAAGGGACAGAAAGGCAAGAUGGCCACGAUGACGCUGAAGAGGAUGGUUUGCAUCUGUGA